GGAGAUAGGAGAAGGAGUUAACAUUCUUACCACUUCCUGGCCCUAUGCAGCCUCCUUUUCUUGUAAGGACCUCCCUCCGAGAGCCCUUGGCUACUAAACUCCCAGACCAGGCUGGACCCAGUGGGCCCGAGGGCCUGGGCUGACCUGCACUAGUGUGGCUCAGCACAGCCCUGGUGGCACCAUGAGGAAGGUGGACCCCAACCCAGGAGAUGGGGGCAAGCACCCUGGGACUUCUGAGAGCACUCUCACAGACUCUGUCCAUGUUCCCUGGUGCUCAGCUGCAGACCUGUGCCAAGCAAAGGGGCCACGCUUGCCUUAGCUUCUCCUCCAGGCUCUUUCCUUCCUGUUCCUGCCCUAUCAUGGGUUCACUUGUCAGUGUUUGGAUUCGGGAGUCAGAUGAUGUUCCCGGAAAAGGCAGCUGGUGAGUGACGGAAGCUGUUUCAGCUGGCAUGCAGGCUGCAGAUCCCCCAAAGGCUGUGGUGUUCCUAGAGCCUUCAUGGGAUAGGGUGCUCCGGGAUGACAGUGUGACUCUGAAGUGCCAGGGGGACUACUCUCCUGGAAACACGUCCACAGAGUGGUUUCACAAUGGGAGCCUCAUCUCAAGCCAGAACUCGAGCUACUUCAUUGCAGCUGCCAGAGUUGAGGACAGCGGAGAGUACAGGUGCCAGACAUCCCUCUCCAUGCUCAGUGACCCGGUGCAGCUAGAAGUCCAUAACGGCUGGCUGGUGCUCCAGGCUCCUCGGUGGGUGUUCCAGCAGGGGGAGCCCAUUCAUCUGAGGUGUCACAGCUGGAAGAACACUUUGGUGCAUUCAGUCACAUAUUUACAGAAUGGCAAAGGCAGAAGGUUUUUUCAUCAGAAUUCUGACUACCACAUACCAACAGCCACACCUGAUCACAGUGGCUCCUACUUCUGCAGAGGGCUUGUCGGAAAGAAAAACGUGUCUUCAGAGACUAUGAACAUCAUCGUUCAAGGCUCGACAAGUCCAUCUGUUUCACCAUCCUUUCCACCCUGGCAUCAAAUCGCUUUCUGCCUGGUAAUGGUACUCCUGUUUGCGGUGGACACGGGACUGUAUUUCUCUCUGCAGAGAAACCUUCGAAGCUCACCAAGGGACUGGAAGGACCACAAAUUUAAAUGGAGCAAGGACCCUCAGGACAAAUGACCCUUUAUCCCUUGGUGGCUAAUAAGAGCAGUGGCAGCAGCAUCUCUGAAACUUUCUCUGGAUUUGCGACCUCAUCAUCCCCAUUAGGCAUCUCUGUGAGCAGCAGAAAAAACACAACUCAGACCCUGGGCUGAGGGCCCUCCACCCAAUUCUCUAUUUUCUCCUGAUCUCCAGUGGAAAGGAAAGGCCUGGGAUCUUCAAGUGCCAACAGUGAAGCCCAGUGAGUAGCUUCGUUCCUAGGAAUUGAAGUGUCAAGGCUAUACAAAUACUUUCUCUCUCCCGACCACUCCCUUACAGCAAAGCAACAACACAGGCUCUGGUUGGUGACCUUUAAAUGUAUGGGAGUUGUUCUUAAGUAAAUAGACCAGCAGAAUUAAUGGUUGAGGCAGAGCCAGCUGGACAGCAGUCUGCAUCUGUUGCUGCAGGGCUGGUUGCAUUCAGGGGAUCCCAAAACUCCAGAUGAGAGUGUGGGAACUGCUGAGGAUCUAGGGGAUUCUGCAGAGCCAGUGAAGGGAAUGGCUGAGAAAGAGCAGGGCGGUCCAGGGUAGACCAGGGGAAAUACUACCCUCUGGGCCCAGAGAGAAGGCUGUCUUCCUAGAACACGAGCCCUGGUGGAGAUGACAGGAAAUCACAGUGGUGAUGCAGAAUUGAGUUUUCCAGGGGAGUCUCUAUCAGAACUGGGAUGGUCUGCAAAUAUAUAAUGGGGAACUCUCUUAAUGCUCUGAGUAGAAAAUGGUCCUAGAAAGGGGACUGGGGAUUGGGGGCAGGGGAUUGGAAAAGAAAGCACACAGCAAACCCUGUGUGUCACUGUUUCAGCUUAAGCUAAGUGAACAGAUAUCUCAGCAUCUGAACUGAGAAAGUCUGAUAUGAAAGAGCCAACCACAAACACACAGGAAGGAAAGGGCAGGGGGGUGAAGACGACUUUGUUGCCCAGGGCAGUAAGAAUUAGAGAGGAGGGGCAGGGACAAUAAAACCAGCUUUUCUGUUUCGGUGUCUAAUUCAAGUAUAGCUUUGUUUACUUCAUUUAUCAAACAAAUUUUGGAUAACCAAUACUAAAUGUAGUGAGCUCUACUGAGUAAAUUGUGAAACUUUGAAAUCUCUCAGCAUGUUGACACCAGUGGAGUGGGAGUGGAAAACACAAUUGCUGCUCACGGAGGAAAGCUUUCACUAUCUCUUUCUGUUUUAGAAGUUUUAAACAGAACAUUUCUUGAUUCCAGUAAAGCAUUUUAUAAUAUCUUGCAUGCUACUCUUAGAAGAUGGAAAAAAACAUGGUAAUAAAAUAUAAGUGAUAAAAUCUU